AUGGAAGGCGCCGCGUCUUCCAGAUGUUCAAGCGAGCUCAGCGCCUCCCUGAAGAAGAUUGGAAUCUUCAUCCCGGGAGACGAGCUGGCUCAGAUGAUCGCCCGGGUGGACGGCUGCGUCGACAUUGUAACGAGAAGGAGGCGUUUAAUGUGUUUGAUGAGAACGGAAUGCGAGAAGAUGAUCAACAAGGUUGAUGCGGAUGGAGACGGAAGAGUGGACUUUAAUGAGUUCAAGCUGAUGAUGAAUGGAGGAAAAUUCGUUGCAUUGCCCAACUGA